AUGGCGUCCGUUUUUUGGGACGCCGAAGGAAUUAUAAUGGUGGAAUACUUGGAAAAAGGAGCCACUAUUACAGGCUCUUACUACGCAGACCAAAUAAGAAGAUUGCGGGAGGCCAUCAAACAAAAAAGACGAGGCAAACUCAGAGCUGGAGUGUUGUUCCACCAAGACAACGCACCGUCUCACAAAGCCGCCGUUGCGAUGGCUGCCAUUCAAGAAACGACUUGCGAGUGUAAUCAAUUAACCAAUGAACCCUUCAGCCAAUAUGCACUUAGAAUAGAAACUUUCCUUUCACAAUUAUUCAGUUCAAGUGGCAGUAGUAUUAGAAAAGAUGCUGUGAGGACAAAGCAAUCCACGAUGGCAAUGCUUAGCUUAUACGAAGCAAAUGUACAGAUGUUUAUGGAUGUCGGCAAGAAAUCAAGGGCGUGGAAGAAAAUAUCAGAAGGGUUAAAAGAUUUAUGUAUACCGGUAAAAGUACUUAAUAUCAUUAAUGCUGAAGAUGAUCCACCCAGCGAAAAGAAUCUACCACUAGUUGAUGAGUCUCCAAAACCGAAAACAACACCGGUUGCAGACGUUACAAAAACUGCAAGAAACCAGCAACAAAUUCAAAGUAUGGAAAUUAUAGAUAAAGUUCAAGAAAACCAGAAGGCAAGCGAUGAAAAUAUGACAAGAUAUUUAAAAAUGAAAGAGAAAGAAAUGGAGUUAAAGAAGAAAGCAAUCGAUGUUCGUGAAACUGAAAUGCAAGUUAAAAGAGAUGUUGCUAGUGAAAAACUAAAGUUUAAUGAAAAGAAGCACAAAGACUGGUUAAAUAUAGAAAAAUUUACAUGUGAGCUUCUAAAAAAACUGUUAAAAAGUCAUACUGACAGCGAAGAGUCUGAUUGA